AUGGAGCCUGCAAAGUCAGACAUCACUUGGAUAGAGAAAGACCUCGUGGACUCAGCCGACAAGGGUGAAGGUGUUGUGAAAGAAAUCAACAUCACACACCACGUGAAGGAAGGCUCCGAGAAAGCCGAUCCUUCGCAGUUUGAGCUCCUGAAGGUGCUGGGACAGGGCUGUUUCCCCAAGGUUUUCUUGGUGAGAAAAAUAACACCGCCAGACAGCAACCACCUCUAUGCCAUGAAAGUGCUCAAGAAGGCAACAUUGAAAGUGCGUGAUCGAGUAAGGACGAAGAUAGAAAGGGACAUCCUGGCUGAUGUAAACCAUCCCUUUGUGGUGAAACUCCACUACGCAUUCCAGACGGAGGGGAAGCUGUAUCUCAUCUUGGAUUUCCUCCGCGGAGGUGACCUUUUCACUCGGCUUUCCAAAGAGGUCAUGUUCACCGAGGAGGACGUGAAGUUCUACCUAGCAGAGCUGGCCCUGGGCCUUGACCAUUUGCACAGCCUGGGAAUCAUCUACAGGGAUCUCAAACCAGAGAACAUCCUCCUGGAUGAAGAAGGGCACAUCAAGCUCACAGAUUUUGGCUUGAGUAAGGAGGCCAUAGACCACGAGAAGAAAGCCUAUUCCUUCUGCGGGACGGUGGAAUACAUGGCCCCAGAAGUUGUGAAUCGCCAGGGCCACUCGCACAGUGCUGACUGGUGGUCCUAUGGGGUGUUAAUGUUUGAAAUGCUCACCGGCUCGCUGCCCUUCCAGGGGAAGGAUCGUAAGGACACGAUGACCCUCAUCCUCAAAGCGAAGCUGGGCAUGCCGCAGUUCCUGAGCUCUGAAGCACAGAGCCUCCUGCGAGCCCUCUUCAAAAGGAAUCCAGCCAACCGAUUAGGUUCUGGACCAGAUGGGGCAGAAGAGAUCAAGCGCCAUCCUUUCUAUUCCACCAUUGACUGGAACAAGCUGUACCGCAGGGAGAUCAAACCGCCCUUCAAGCCUGCAGUGGGCCAGCCAGAUGACACCUUUUAUUUUGACACAGAAUUUACAUCGCGUACACCUAAAGAUUCCCCAGGCAUCCCCCCUAGUGCGGGGGCCCAUCAGCUCUUCCGAGGCUUCAGUUUUGUAGCGACCGGAUUGAUGGAGGACGGCAAGGUGAAACCUACUCAGUCGCCUCUGCAUUCGGUGGUGCAGCAGCUGCACGGCAAGAAUGUCCAGUUCAGCGACGGCUACGUGGUGAAGGAGGCGAUCGGCGUCGGCUCCUACUCAGUGUGUAAACGCUGCGUUCACAAAGCAACCAACAUGGAAUACGCAGUCAAGGUUAUUGACAAGAGCAAGCGAGACCCUUCUGAGGAGAUAGAAAUCCUCCUGCGAUAUGGGCAGCACCCAAACAUCAUCACCUUGAAAGACGUGUACGACGAUGGGAAGUACGUGUAUCUGGUGACCGAGCUGAUGAGGGGCGGGGAGCUGCUGGAUAAAAUCCUCAGACAGAAAUUCUUCUCGGAGAGGGAAGCCAGUUCGGUCCUGCACACGAUCUGUAAAACAGUGGAGUAUCUGCAUUCCCAAGGGGUGGUUCACAGGGACUUGAAACCCAGCAAUAUUCUCUACGUGGACGAGUCAGGAAACCCCGAAAGCAUUCGCAUUUGUGACUUUGGCUUUGCCAAGCAGCUGAGGGCUGAGAAUGGCCUUCUCAUGACUCCCUGUUAUACGGCAAACUUUGUGGCACCCGAGGUACUAAAACGCCAAGGCUACGACGAGGGCUGUGACAUCUGGAGCCUGGGAGUUCUCCUGUACACGAUGCUCGCAGGCUGCACUCCGUUUGCAAAUGGUCCCAGUGACACUCCAGAAGAGAUCCUGACCCGGAUAGGCGGGGGGAAGUUCUCCGUCAGUGGGGGCAAUUGGGACACUAUUUCUGACAUGGCCAAGGAUCUGGUAUCAAAGAUGCUUCACGUAGAUCCUCACCAGCGUCUAACAGCCAAGCAGGUCCUGCAGCAUCCGUGGAUAACCCAGAAGGACAGCUUACCCCAGAGCCAGCUCAAUCACCAGGACGUUCAGCUUGUAAAGGGGGCGAUGGCUGCCACCUACUCUGCACUGAACAGCUCCAAGCCAAGCCCCCAGCUGAAGCCCAUCGAAUCCUCCAUUCUGGCACAGAGGCGGGUGAAGAAACUUCCUUCCACCACACUGUGAAGCUGGGG